CCUCCCCCCCUACCUAAGAACCUCACUCAAGCCACAAACAAAGUUUCUCUUACAUACCAUACAGCCACUUCUCUCAAAUUAAAUUCCUACACUCAUUUUCCUUCCAACCAAUCACUCUUAGCACCUUAAACACCGAGACACACACACACACAAGAAAACAAAAAAAAAAACUCGUACCCUUUUUACCCUAUAAGCAAAGCAUAUUUUUUUUCACAUUUGUGAUCGAAAACCCGUUAUUCCGGUUACAAACAUGGCACCAAAUAUCACCAGUACCAAAGCUGUCAAGAUAACAGCCAAGGCUCCAACCCCUCCUCCCAAAAGGGCUUAUGUUACGUUCUUGGCAGGGAACGGGGACUACGUUAUGGGCGUGGUGGGGUUAGCCAAGGGACUGAGGAAGGUUAAGAGCAAGUACCCACUCGUGGUGGCUACCUUGCCGGACGUGCCAGAAGAUCACAGAAAGAUUCUGGUGGAUCAGGGGUGCAUAGUCAAGGAGAUCGAGCCUGUAUAUCCACCUGAGAACCAGACCCAGUUUGCCAUGGCAUACUAUGUCAUCAACUAUUCCAAGCUGCGUAUCUGGGAGUUUGUGGAGUAUUCCAAGCUGAUAUACUUGGACGGAGACAUCCUAGUAUUUGAUAACAUAGACCACUUGUUUGACAUGGAAGAUGGUUACUUCUAUGCUGUGAUGGAUUGCUUCUGUGAGAAAACCUGGAGCCACACCCCACAGUACAAGAUUGGCUACUGUCAGCAGUGCCCUGAUAAGGUCCAGUGGCCUUCUCAGCUGGGUCCUAAACCCCCUCUCUACUUCAACGCUGGAAUGUUUGUGUAUGAACCCAGCCUUUCUGUCUAUGAUGACCUCUUGAGUACUCUCAAAGUCAUCGCUCCUACCCCUUUUGCUGAGCAGGAUUAUCUGAACAUAUUCUUUAGGGACAUUUACAGGCCCAUCCCUCCAAUUUACAACCUGGUCAUGGCCAUGCUAUGGCGCCACCCAGAGAACAUUGAGCUAGAAAAAGCCAAGGUUGUUCACUACUGUGCUGCUGGCUCCAAACCGUGGAGGUAUACUGGCAAAGAAGAGAACAUGGACAGGGAAGACAUUAAGACGCUGGUGACAAAAUGGAGGGACAUUUACAAUGAUGAAUCGCUCGACUACAGAAAUGCUGUGGCUUCUGUUGAAGAAGAAGCUGAUGAGGAUGAGCAAACAGGCCUGCAACCAUUUUUGGCAGCGUUGUCAGAGGCUGGCGUUGUUCACUAUACUAGCGCCCCAUCCGCUGCUUAAAGUUUGUGGCCUUUGGUGGCGAUAUAGAUUACUAUACACAUAAUUAGUUGUUUAGCGGUGUAAAUGUGUUCUUUGUGCCUUUCUUAGUAGUUGUUUUUCUGUCCUUCCCUUUUUAAAUGGACAGAUUUUAUCAGGAACCUAAGGACUAUUGUCCUUGUGGUUGCUUUAUUAUAUAAAUGAAUAUUUCUAGUUCUGUUUGUAAACGUUUUGAAUUUAAAUUAUAUAAAUGAAUAUUUCUAUACUGGGAUAUAUUUCUUAAAUUUUGUAGUUCAUUCAAUGAAUUUGACAAUAAGGAUCAUAAGUUAAUCGGGAGUUCCUCACUAAUAAAAUUUUCUGACAGCGUUUA